AGUUUUUGAAACGUCAAAACUUUCUCCAAAGUUUUCACUUCUUUAAUUUAUUUAUUAAUCUAAUUAUUUACUUCAUCACAUAUCCUUUCUUUUAUUUUCUGCUAUACAAUGGCUCGUUACUUCAAAGAACAAGACAUAGACGAGUUCAGGGAAUGUUUCUACUUAUUUGCCCGAUCAGGUCAGAUUACGUCGUUAGACGAACUGACAGUCGUGAUGCGAUCCCUCGGGAUGAGUCCGACUAUACAAGAGUUAACAGGUUACCUAAAAGGAAAAGGUGGUAAAAUGUCUUUUGCAGACUUCCUGGAGGUAAUGCAUAUCCAUUCCCGUGCGGAGAAUCUGCCAAAUGAGGUCGUAAAUGCAUUCCGCGCAGCCGACCCUGACAAGAAGGGGGUAGUCCCCGCCCGUCAGCUUCGAAACCUUCUGCAGAAGUGGGGAGAGGGAUUGUCACAGCGGGAGGUGGAUAAUAUAUUUAGAGAGGCGAAUGUAUCCAAUAAUGGAAUCGUACGAUAUGAAGAUUUUGUCAAAAUCGCUUGCGCACCUGUCCCUGAUUACUACUGAAUUUAAUAUAUCUUAGGGCCUGUCCCACAACUGGCUGAUAGAGCCUCAGAUAGCUUAUGACGUCACUGUCAUAAGGGAACAUAAUCCCCUUUCCAACAUGUUUUGACACAUGA